UCGUGUUGCGCUGGUGUUGGUAGCGCUCGUACAGGCCUUCGACCACGGUCAGCUAUGGAGGAGGUAUACGACGCAAUUGAGGAGAACGCUGGGGCCUACGGAGACGCUGCAGGGCCGGUCGGGGCAUUGUUCAAAGGCCUUUGCUCCGCAUUCAAGAUUUCGGAGAAGUGUUUCCUGGCUUUAGUAGAGGACGGAUGGGAUGAGGUGCAGCAGUUAGCAGACCUGACAGGGGCCUGGAAGGCGCAUGUCCUUGCCUUGGCGCCAAAUGGGGGCCAGAAAAGAAAUCUCGAAAAACUGAUCGAGCGGGUGGAGGCCGGCCCUCUGGAGGGGCAGGUGCCUAAGAGAAAGCGCCGGCACGAUGAGACGGACCCGCCUUCCCAAGUGGCUGCAACCCAACAGGAGCCAGACAAGGAUCAAGGUGCAGGCCCCAGCGGAUCAGCGGCAGCAGGUCAGACCGCUACGGAAUCGACUACCUCCCAGGUACAUACACUAUUACCAUGUAUAAUAAUCAUAAGGAAGGGUAAAAGUCCCGUUUUCAGACAAUAAUUUAUGCAGGGGAAAAGCCCCAUUUUCAGGCGAUGGUAAAUAAGGUGUGAAGGGAAAAGGCCCCGUUGUCAGACAACAAUAAUCUUUGGAAAGGGAAAAGCCCCGUUUGCAUUGCAGGCGAUGAGGUAUGAAGGGAAAAAGCCCCGUGUUCAGGCGAUGAGGUAUGAAGGGGAAAAGCCCCGUUUUCAGGCUAUAUGUAUGAAGGGGAAAAGCCCCGUUUUCAGGCUAUAUGUAUGAAGGGGAAAAGCCCCGUUUC